ACUUGCAAAGCAAACUCACUUGACAACAUACAACACAUCUUUCUCAAGUCUUUUCUCGACUCAAUCAAAAUGCGUUACACUUCGAUCUUCGCUGUCAUCAGCCUUACCUUCUCCGGAGCUAUGGCUGCCGACACUUUCCGACCUGGCUUCGGACCUUUCGGACCUUUCGGACCCUGGGAUGGCGAUUUCGAUUUCCCAUUCGAUUUCAACAUUGAUUUCCCCCAUAACCCAUGCGAAUGGGUUGGCGGAUCUUGCGACCCGGUUACCGGCGGGAUUACCGGCGGCUUUUGCAGUGGUUCGAAGGAUGUUAUUUUGGCCGGCCUGGCCUGUGGACCUAAGGGAACUGUCGGGGUUGGAUGCUGCUGGCACCCGGAUGCGACCAAUACUUGGAUCGCAGAAUGGAAGAAGGCUUUCGAGGAAUGGAAGGCGGCUUUCGAGAAGCUUUAAAGUUGCUUUUGGUAUCAACGCGGCUAUUGAUGGCAUCAAAAUUCGAGGAAUGGCAGGAGGCAUUCGAGACGCGCUCUUAACGUUGCUUUUGGUAUCAAAACGGCUUUUGUUGGCAUCAAAGUUGCGACAAUGUACGGUAGUUGGUCUUUGAGAGAGUAGUUGGCUUUUGGGAGAGUAGGUGGUUUUUGGGAGAGUAGUCGUACUGAUCUUAAAUGAGAGAUUGUUAACCCCG